AUGGAACUGCAUCGAGUGGUCGUAUUGCUUUGCAGCAUUUCAUAUGCAUUUUCGGAAGGAACGGCAUGUACCUGUGACAAAAGUUUUAAGCCAAUGUGCGGAAGUGAUGGUGUUACCUACGAAAAUGUUUGUUUUCUCGAAUGCAAAUCCUCGCAAGGAGUAAAAUUAGCAUAUCCUGGAACGUGUUGUCCGAAGAAUGUGUGCUCACCGCACCGAAGUCCAAUAUGUGACAACUUUGGUCGUACUCACGUCAACGAGUGUGUUUUCUCUAGGGUCCAGUGUCUUGUUCGAAAGACUAGCGGUAGAAUUUUAAACAAGGAACAUGAUGGUGAAUGUUUGGCAGCUGAAAGGAAGUCAGAAGAUUGUGAUGCACCGUGCAUGUAUAGCAAUGAUACUGUUUGCGAUGAGAAUGGUAUUACACAUGCAAAUGAGUGCAAGUUUGAGCGAUUGAACUGCUUGCUGCGAAAGGCUGGAAAACCAGAGAUUUUGCUUCAUCAUUACGGAGAAUGUCAACAAGAAGGCGUAGGAUCGAUAGUAGCCCAAGACGAUCUGUCAAAUAAUGUUGAAGGCAGUGGUUUCGAAACGCAAAAAGAGACAGCGAUCGAAAGAGACAGCACAGAAGUUGAGGUGCUACGCCCUAAUAGAAAACAGGCUACCGGCGCACAUAAUGGUGACGUGAAGCUUCAACAAGCAUCGGAAGAUAAACGAGCUGUCAAAGCGCGGGCGAUCCCAUCGUUGUUCCUGGAUGAUGUUGACGCAUUGUCAAAGACCAGAGAGGAUAGUUUUGGAAUAAAGCACUCAGCAAGGAGUAGUUCGGUAGAAAGGGAUCUACCGAUGGCAUCUCGACCUAAUGAAGAAAAUACCUAUGCUAGUAUAAGCGACGAUUACCUGUUGAAGCUCAGACUCCCAUCGGAUAGCACUGAAUCAACAAACGAAGAUGUGCUGGCGAAAACAAUGACAUCUACAGCGCCUGCAAAGGCAGUUUCAGUUUCCGCAAUUUUGCAGCCAUUUGACUUGACACAACCAUGUUCGGCGGCCGAAUGUGACAAGACGAAAAAUCCCGUAUGCGAUUCAAACAACCGGACACAUAAGAACAUGUGCCUGUUCAAGUUCUUCGCUUGCAAGGUGCACCGUCUUGGCGGUAAGGUUGUUGAGCUUGCCCACAUCGGCGAAUGUACGGCUCAUGCGAAAACGGCAGACCCUGCGUGCCCUCCUUGUCCAAUUACUAAGUCUGAUGUUCUCGUAUGUGACAACCUUAAUAAGACUCAUGAUUCUCUAUGUGCUCUGGCACAUUUCAACUGUUUACAAAGGACGCUUAAUGAAGAUGAGCGGGUUCUGAUUCAUAUCGGCAGAUGCCAUUCCAGAAGUCUCAGUUUUUCAUUGAAGGAUGAACAAUGUCCAAUUAGGUGCUCGACUGAACAGCAUCCAGUGUGCGAUACUCAAGGAAACACGCACAAAAAUCUCUGCCACUUCCAGAGGACAAACUGCCACUUGAGGAAAAAAGGCCGACCAGCUCCGAUGUUGUUUGCAUUGAAACCAUGUAUUGAAACGAUCAACAGGAUUCCUUCUCAAAUCCCUCACAGAGAAAAUAACGCUAGCAAGGGAACAUCUCCAUUGCUCUCUCCUACUGCAAAAACGGAGAAUCAACAGUCAUUAAAAACUACACAAAAGGGACUGUUUGAGUGCCCUCCACCUGCAUGUACAUUGGAAGGAUUGCCAGUAUGUGAUAGCCAAGGAACAAUGCAUGAGAAUGUUUGUAUCUUCUUACAUGCUCGUUGUCUCGCAGGCAGAGAAGGAAUUAAUCUUUCCAUACAACCGGAGGAGAAGUGCUUGAAAACUCAAUGCCACAAGAAAGAGUGUCCAUCACACGAGAAGCCUGUCUGCGGUAGCAAUUUUGUCACGUUUAAGAAUCUUUGUCACUUCAAUAAGGAGCUUUGCAAUGACGAAUCGCUGUCGGUGUUGUUCUACGGAAAAUGUGAGGAAUGCCUACCUGCCCCAUGCUCUCCAGUCCCAUCGGACGCUCCAGAUGAUGUAUUUGUUUGUGAUGAUGAGGGUUACACACGCACUAUCUGCGAGUAUCAAAUGCUCAGCUGUAUUGUGGAAAAAAGCCUAGGAGUGAAUAUAAGUAUUCAGCACGCUGGUCGAUGUUGUGAAGAAAGCCUAUCAUGUGAUCUCGAAUCUUCAUCACCUAUCUGUGGAUCCGACGGAAAUACGUACCGUAACAACUGUUCACUUAGCAUUGAGAACUGUCGGAAUAGAAAGUUGCAAGUACCAGAGAUCACAAUUGCACAUGAGGGUUCAUGUGAGAGGCUAUCCACUUCAACAAAGGAAGCCAGGGAGGCGCUAGCAGCUCUUGAACGUUUAAUCGAAAAAGAAUCAAAACCAGCUGUUGAAGCGUUUCCCGUGAACUGUCCCAGUGCAUGCGAGAAUAUUUACGCUCCUGUUUGUGGUUCGGACGAUGUAACCUAUACGAACAUCUGUCAUUUGAAAUCUGCCCAAUGUCGUAUGGAGUCAACCAUAGGAUUAGCUUACAAUGGAGAAUGCUGUACAAUGGAAUGUCCAAGCAAUUUUAACCCUGUGUGUGACGAUCAAGGGAUAACCCAUCAAAACCUAUGCUUUUUCGGAAGAGAACGAUGCAUUGUUGAGAGGAUCACUGGGAAAAAUAUCACCAUUGAGAAAUUUGAUGUAUGUGGUGACAAUGCCUGUGACAAGCAAUGUCCCAUGACAUACAAGCCUAUUUGUGCCUCGAACGGUGAAACGAUAGUUAAUGAAUGUCAUCUCGAAAAACUAAACUGUUUCCUUGCCAAGAAAAUCUCUUCAGGAUCAUUGAUCUCCAAGCUUUACGAAGGUGAAUGCUGCACCAAUGAGAACUGUGAUUAUGAGUUUUCUCCUGUUUGCGAUUCAAUGGGUGAAACGCACUCCAAUGAAUGUGUGUUCCGAAGGCAUGCUUGUAUACAGCGAAGACAGAAUGACGUCACCGUUACUGUACAGUACAAAGGGCAGUGCUGCAGCAGACAUUGUGAGCCUAGCUUUGAACCUGUCUGUGAUGGCACAAGGACACAUGAAAAUAUGUGUAGAUUCAAGAUUGCUCAAUGUGAAGCAGAACGUCAUGGACAUGUACUAGCACUGGCAUAUGCUGGAGAAUGUUGUCUACUGCCCACUGGAAAAUGUGAACGUAGCGGUACCGUGUGCGAUUCUGACGGCCAAACUCACAUAAAUGUAUGCCAUUUCCGACAAAAAAGAUGCAUCAUGAAUAAAUCCAUGAAAAAGACAUUGACCAUAGUUCAUUCGGGAGAAUGUUGCACUAUUGAAGCUUGUCAUAAGGGUGAUUCGGCACCGGUCUGUGAUUCACGCGGUGGAACUCACGCAACAAAGUGUCACUUCCAGAAUACCAAAUGUAUCCACGACAAAAUGCAUCCAAAUAAUCCCAUCAAUUUGGCAUAUAGCGGUGCCUGCUGUUCUAACAAUUGUGACAACAUUCCGGAUGAGCCAGUGUGCGACCAACAUGGUAAUAUGUACAGGAAUCGAUGUCAAUUUAAGUACAAGGCAUGCGAAAGGCGGAGAAGAGUGAAUUCAAUCCUAUUGGAAACACCAUGCCCUGAACGUAGGAUUGUCCGAAGCUAUUCGAGAAUAACCUCUUGA